CGCUCAUGGCUCGUCUACGACUUGAGAAUGCAUUAUCAGCCUUCUACUCUGACGAGAUUCUCUAGAGUGAAGAAGCUCUCCAUGUAUUUGGACAGCCAGAUAAGAGAGAGCUAGAUAAAUCCCUUGUUGGUGGGACGAGUAACCAGCUGGAGGCUGAUUCCAUGAUCAAGCUCUCCUCUCAUCUUGCUUGGCCGAAUGCGAGCCGGGAAUUUCAUUUAUCAUCAGGGCAAGAGAAUUGAAUCGCAAUUAUAAGGACAUAGUCUCCUUUCCUCUCGAUUGGCGAUAUCCUGUUCCGUCAAGCUUGAUCCAGGUUAUGCUUCUCGACAGAGUGAUAGAGGUUCAGCUGACCGCACCUCAGCUAUACCGAUAAACUCGCCAUAACAAAUCAUCAACAGAAUCAGGGGUCUCGAACUCGGCCUUUUCUCUUACCUCUCGUCGCAGAAUGACUAGGGUGCUCUGUGUAGCUGAGAAGCCCUCCAUCUCCAAGGCCGUGGCUGGUCACUUGGCUGGAGGCAACCCACAGACACGAAACACGCGUGACCAGUACACCAAAAACUACUGCUUCGAUUUUGAUUUCGGGCCGCCAUGGAACCAUUGCUCCGUCACCAUGACCGCCGUCCGCGGUCAUCUCACCACUAUGGAGUUCACCGAAGCCAACAGAGACUGGAGAUACCCUCCUCCCGAGUCUCUCUUCACCGCCCCGAUAGUUACAGUUGUCCCUCAGGACAAGCGCGCCAUUGCGGACAAUAUAUCCCAGCAAUCCCGCUACGCAGAUCUCUUAAUCAUCUGGACCGAUUGUGACCGUGAAGGCGAAAACAUUGGAAAGGAAAUUGUCGAUGCAUCCAAGAAAGGGAACCGCGGGAUGCGCGUCAAGCGGGCCAAGUUCAGCAACAUUGAAAGAUCCCAUAUUCUGAGCGCUGCCCGAAAUCUGGUGGAUCUCGAUGACCGGCAGGCCGAUGCCGUUGACACGAGAAUAGAGCUCGAUCUGAGGAUAGGCUACGCCUUCACACGGUUCCUCACAAACACGCUGCGGCCCCUUGGAGGGCCAUUGCUUGACAUGAUGUUGAGUUACGGAUCCUGCCAAUUUCCCACCUUGGGAUUUGUUGUGGACAGGUACUUUCGAGUCAAGAACUUCGUGCCAGAGCCCUUUUGGAGCAUUCAAGUCACGCAUACCCGGGAAAACAAGAAGGUUCGGUUUUCUUGGGACCGGAACAGGCUCUUCGACCGCCUAUCUGUCACCGUACUCUUUGAGCGCUGCCUCCGGGCUAAGACGGCCAAGGUCACCAAAGUUCAGGAGAAGCCCACGAGAAAGUUCAAGCCGCUGCCGCUGACCACCGUCGAGUUGCAAAAGGCCGCAACUCGACUUCUCCGAAUGAACGGUCAACACGCGAUGAAGGUCGCCGAGGAACUCUACAACAAAGGGUUCAUCAGUUAUCCGAGGACGGAAACAGACCGGUUCUCGAAGGACAUCAAUUUACAGCGCUCGGUCCAGAAACAGACCCAGUCGGAAGCAUGGGGACAAUACGCCCAGAGCCUCCUUGACGGCGCCUUCAGCCAACCUCGUCAGGGAAGGCACGACGACAAGGCUCAUCCGCCCAUUCACCCCGUAACGUUUGCGUCCCCGAGUGUUCUCAGUCACGACGAGAGGAGGCUCUAUGAAUACGUCGUGCGCCGUUUCCUGGCCUGCUGCUCCGAAGACGCAAAGGGGCUGUCGACAAACAUCGACCUCCUUUAUGGCGACGAAACAUUCCACGCGCAUGGCCUUGUUGUCCUGGAGACCAACUACCUGGAUGUCUUCAUCUACGAGAAGUGGAGUGACACGGCAGAACUCCCAAAGUUCACCCAGGGAGAGACGUUUGAACCGACAGAGGCUAUGAUGACAGAAGGGAAAACUAGCGCACCGGGAUAUCUCACGGAGGCGGAUCUCAUCGCACUCAUGGACAUUAACGGAAUCGGGACGGAUGCAACCAUGGCGGAGCAUAUUCAAAAGAUCCAGGACAGGCAAUAUGUGGCCCUCACAGACCAGGCGGGUCAGCAAGCCCAAGCCCACGAGGAUGACGACAGUGACGAGGAUGCGGUACCACCAGCCAGGGGCGGCCGAGGCCGUGGUGGGAGAGGCGGAGGCUCGUCGGCGUCGAGAAGUGGUGGCGCGCGUGGCCGGCUCAAAGUAUUCAUUCCCACCAAACUGGGUGUCGCCUUGAUCGUUGGGUUCGAUCGGAUGGAGUUCGAGACGAGCCUCGGCAAACCGUUUCUGCGGAGGGAGAUGGAGGCACAGAUGAAAGCUAUCUGCGAGGGGCGCACGACCAAAUCGGCUGUCCUACAGCAGAAUCUGAGACAAUAUCGUCAUGUGUUCUCACACACGCAAGAGAAUAUCACGACUCUGAAGAUGGCUUGUCGAGAGUUUGUCUUCUCUUGAUCGGUGACUUUUACCCAUCAACCGAUGCUCGAGACGGGAGUACAUGGGUCUCGUGCGGAAUGACGCCGUCGCGCGUGGAAGUAGUGGCUUUCGACUGUCCGAGGGCUAGCCCUGAACCCCCUCCGGCUCAGCAUCAAUCGACCGAUAAGUUCCGAAUAUAAAGAACGGCAGCACUUGGCGCGGCAACAUACAACCCGAAUGCUGCGCUUUUACACACGCAUUCGAAUUGGAGUCAUAUUGAGGGAUUUCUGGAAUCUAGCCCUCGUUCCAAACGAUGAACCUUAGGUGUACGUGGGGGGUUCGGUUGCCAACGAAACCAAAGCACUCAUCACGACAGGCGUUGUUUAUCCGGUGAAAUGCUCCCAAAACAAUAGGAACUGUGUCCAAGGUCCCGAGUCGUGGGGAGAGAUCGCAAUCCCCAUGCCAAGGACGUGGCAGGAAGACCGGGGGAGGGCCGG